CGAUACCACCACCACCACCCGCCCUCGCCUCCCCCUCCCUCGCCAUGGCGGAUUGCCGCAGCCUCAUCGAGUUCCUCCGCGCCUUCGAGCACCGCCGCCGCGCCCCGGCCCCCUCCUCCUCAGACGCCGUCGCGUGCGCGGCGGGCCGGCCCCGCCGCGGGUCGGGGCCGCGGCGGGGGAGGCGGCGGCUGUUCGCCUCCCUCUGCGACCACGCCCCGAUGGCGGCGGUCGACGCGGUGGCGCUGCUGGCCGUCGUCUCCGCGCUGGCGUUCCUCGUGACGCCCUACGUGAGGAUGGCGGCGGCGGAGGUCGGGGAGCUGGUGUCCGGCCCCGCGGCGGCGUGCUACGCGCCGUUCGCGGCCGGGGCCGGGGCGGCGAUCGCGGCCGUGGCCGGGGUGGUGGCGUGGGACUGCGCGGGCCACCGGGCCCGCCGCUGCGGGAAGCCGCGGUGCCGGGGCCUGCGCAAGGCGGUGGAGUUCGACAUCCAGCUCGAGACGGAGGAGUGCGUGCGCGGCCAGGAGCAGCUGCUGCCGAUCCCCGGGGGCCGCGCCGCGCUGCUGGAGGCCGCCGGGGCGCGCCCCGUCCAGCUCGGCGACGCGCACCGCGAGCUCGAGGCGGAGCUCAGGAAGAUGGCGCCGCCCAACGGCCGCACCGUGCUCAUCUUCCGCUCGCCGUGCGGGUGCCCCAAGGGGAGGAUGGAGGUCUGGGGCGCUAAGAAGGUGCGCCGGAUCAAGAAGUAGGCAGACACACCCACCCCCCGAACUGCUCUUACCCCCAUGGGCCAUAGCCCAUAGGCGGCUAUGAACUUUGCUUGUCACAUACGUAGUGAUAUUACAGUGCUCUGCUCUUGUAGCUAGUAUAAUUUGAUAUAAGGAGAGAAAUAAAAGGGGUAGAUACAUGUCUAUGAACUCAUGUUGGGUCCGCUGAAUCAUAUACAUAGCGCCUGAUCCUUCGUUGGCAGUUGUUACUUUAAUUGGAUUAUGCAAAGUGCUCAUUUCCUCCUGCUUAUAUAUUUUGUAAACGUUCCAUUAUAAUUUUGCAAAGUUGAAGAUAUGCCAUUGGUAUCUCAAUGACACAUGGGGUCCACAUGAGUUAUUAUGGGGUCCACAUGAGUCAAUGACAUGUAGGUUAAGAUGACAUUUCUCUAAUUUUGCAAAAUUAUAAUGGCAUGCUUAUAAUUUUCCCAUAUAAAUAAGCGCAGUUGAUAGACUCCUAUCCGAUAACUCUAUGUCAU